AUGACGGCAGCGAUGGCCUCAAGCGGGUCGAAAGAUGCUCUGUCACCUCAAUUAAUUGCCCAGGCACUGGUUCAUCUCCAGCCCUUCGAACCCUCAUCGUACACCUCGAACUCAGACUCGCCGGCCCCGCGCGGGGCUAAUCAAAUCGCCUCGGCCCAUGUCGCCCACGCGACCGGAGAGCACCAGAGCGCAGCAGCAGAGAGCUAUAUUGACAAUGGCACCAGCGAAGACAGGGGACACACAGAACAAUCGAUCCCGCGUUUAGAAACGGUAAUCGCCCGCAUCCACGCUCGCGUGCAGGCCUUCCUCGCCGAGUCCCAUCCGCCAGACUCCCUCCUCGCAUCAGUGCAGCAACAGACCCGGAUAUCGCUAGGCGUGGUCGCCGAAGCCCUGAAACGAUAUGAAUUCUCCGAGAUAUCGCUCUCCUACAACGGCGGGAAGGACUGCCUGGUCCUGCUCAUCCUCUUCCUCGCAGGCCUCCACCCCACCAACACCACCCCACAAGACACUCACGCUCCCUCCACCGAACCCGCCUCUCCACCAGCCCUCCAAACCAUUCCAUCAAUCUAUGCGCUUCCCCCGGACCCUUUCCAGGAGGUUGAGGACUUUGUCCGCUCGUCCGCAGUAGCAUACCACCUCAGUAUAACGAAAUACACCACUAGCCCGCCUUCCUCGACCCUCCGCUCCAGCUUUGAAGAUUACCUGUCACGGCACCCGGAUAUCCGGGCGAUAUUCGUCGGAACACGACGAACAGACCCGCACGGGGCGAAGCUGACGCACUUCGAUCGGACGGACCACGGGUGGCCCGACUUCAUGCGCGUGCACCCGGUGAUCGACUGGCAGUAUGCGGAGAUAUGGGCUUUCAUCCGGCACUUGGGGUUGAGAUACUGUUCGCUGUAUGAUGAUGGGUAUACGAGUCUAGGGGGAACGUCGGAUACGCUCCCGAAUCCGCGGCUUAAUAAAGGUAGCCAGUAUCUCCCCGCGUAUGAGCUGAAGGAGGAUUUGGAAGAGAGGCUUGGACGCAAUUGA